UCUAUGGUGGGAUCACUGGCUGCACUACGAACAACAAUAUUUGCAAUUCUAGCUCCAUAAAAAUGCAAUCUUGCCCUUCAAUGGAAGUUGAUACUGUCUCCAUCUUGAAAUCAAUCACUCCAUCUCUGCAAUCGUCCAAGCAUAAAGGCCAAGCUGGGAAGAUCGCAGUUAUAGGAGGUUGCCGUGAAUACACUGGUGCACCGUACUUUUCUGCCAUUUCAGCUUUAAAAAUCGGUGCUGAUUUGUCACACGUGUUCUGCACAAAAGAUGCCGCCCUUGUUAUUAAAGGCUACAGUCCCGAGUUAAUUGUGCACCCUAUACUGGAAGAGUCAUACAGUGUUAGGGAUGAAGAUAAAAAAUCAAUAUCAGACAAAGUCAUUGAAGAAGUUGAUAAGUGGAUGGAGAGAUUCGAUUGUCUAGUUAUCGGUCCAGGCCUUGGAAGGGACCUUUUUCUCCUGGAUUGUGUAAGCAAUAUAAUGAAGCGCGCGAGGGAAUCCAAUGUUCCAAUGGUUAUAGAUGGGGAUGGGCUUUUUCUUGUUACAAAUUCUCUUGAUUUGAUAAGCAGUUAUCCCCUGGCUGUCCUAACGCCCAAUGUCAAUGAGUAUAAGCGCCUCGUGCAAAAGGUUUUGCAUUGUGAAGUAAAUGAUCAAGAUGGAACUCAGCAACUACUUUCGCUUGCAAAAGGAAUAGGAGGUGUGACCAUUUUGAGGAAGGGUGAAUCUGAUUUCAUUAGCAAUGGCGAAACAGUUCAUGCAGUGAGCAGUUUCGGUUCUCCAAGGCGCUGUGGUGGCCAGGGUGAUAUACUUUCCGGAAGCGUUGCUGUGUUCGUGUCAUGGGCGCGCAAAGUUGCUGCUAAAGCAGGCGAGCCUAGCAUGAGUCCUACAGUGAAGGGGUGCAUUUCAGGCUCUGUUUUGCUGAGAAAGGCUGCUUCACAUGCGUUCGAGAGCAAUAGAAGAUCUACACUUACCACCGACAUAAUCGAACACUUGGGAAGAAGUUUGGAGGAGUUGUGCCCCGUGCUCGUGAGUUGAUAAAUAGGUUGCACGGGACACUGGUUCGACUUCUAAGGCGCUUUCUCCUGCCCUAAACCCUAAAGUCUUUAAUUUUGUGUGUAUCUUUAUUAAACCACAUUUAUGUUUGUGCAAGCGGCAUCCAACACUGAAAUCUCUAAUUAUACGUUUAACCAAAUGUUGAUCUUUAACCAAUUAUUAUCAUAUAAUUUUUUGGCUUUUAAACUUUCGAAA